AUGGGGGCCAAACAAAGCAGUCCCGCGUACGACGGCAGAACUCGGGCUUAUUCCAGCUCCGACCUGCCGUCCAGCAACUCCGGCGGAGGGGAAAGAUUCGCCGGUUUCAGGUACACCAAUGGACCCGAGGGCCCCCGGAUCAGGUACACGGGCGGGGGACCCACAAGUUCCGGUCUCAGCAUACCUGCCGGAGGCAGACCGGGCUCGCACACUCUCAAUCAAAGUCUGGAUGGCACAGAUGGUGAAGACGAGGGCCAGAUGACCCCCGAGGGCCACCGGCUGCUAAUAGGGUCCCUACCGGCUCAUCUGUCCCCUCGCUUGUUGACUGGUUUCCACUGCCCCGUGUGCUCCAAGUUCAUGGCGUCGGACGAAAUCGAGAAACAUCUGCUAAUGUGUUUCAGCAAAUCACGCCUCACCUACAACAAGGACAUCCUAUCCAGAGAUUCUGGGGAAUGUGCCAUUUGUUUAGAGGAGCUGGAGCAAGGCGACACUAUUGCCAGACUCCCUUGCCUCUGUAUCUACCAUAAAGGGUGUAUAGAUGAGUGGUUCGAGGUGAAUCGCUCGUGUCCGGAACACCCCUCCAACUAG